AUGGCAAUUUUGAGAUCUCCACCGCCCCAGCAGGUGCGACGCAGAUUGAACACCAUUCCCGAGGACAUCAGGGAGUCUCAGUAUGCCAAGUCGGAUCAGAAUAACCAGCAAGAGACACUCCCAAAGCCACAAAGCCCGCCACAACUGAAGCUUCAGACAACCGGCCUAAGCAUCUCGUCCAGACGGAAUCGCAUUAUCUCUCCGUUGUCCGCUGGGACAGCCUCCUCCUGCUCAGACACCGAAUGGCAGCAUCAAAUGCAAGGUCUGGACGAACUGUACGACGCCACAGAUAUUGAGUCGGGAGGUGAUGAGUCGACAACCCCGGCUGAGAAGAAGAAAUAUCUCAGUCUCACUAUUCCCCCACACUCGGUACAGGGGCCACACAAGAGCUCUCCAGUUCCACCAACGCCUCCGCCAAAGAUUCCGGUAUCGCCAGCAGCUUUGUCAAAGCUUGUACGUUCGGUCCCCGCCGUGCAUGCUCCUCCUUCGCUCGACGGAAGCGUGUCGUCUGAUCAAGUGUCGAGUACCAGCGCUCCAGCCACCCCCGACCUGCAAUCUGUUGCCGACAACGAUUGGAACACCGAGGAAGUGCGCGUACACUUGGAUUUGAACCUGGAGGGCAGUCAGAAUCCAGAUACCGCUGAUCCAAACACCAGCUCAGAUGUUCAGGGAAUCGAGAUUGCGGUUGAGGAUACCGAUGAGGACUGGCGCCACUUCCUAGGGAGGUUCCCUGCAGUACCCUCGAGGACUGCUCCGCACAUGUCAACGCUGUCUCUGAAUCUGGAUGCUGAGCCGGCUCGCGAGCCAACUCCAGACUACUGUAUUAACCUCCCCGAAGAUGCACUGGACCUCCUGAGACAUAUUCACUUGGACGGGACGCCGGAACCAUGGUCAGAAACUUCCGACGCAAAUGAGGAGAUGUGGCAGGUUGAUCCUCCCCAGGGCCACAUUCCCAAGACUGAAGAUGUCACUCCCGCAUCGGCUUUGUCAGGGUACAGCUUCAGCAGUCUCAGUAUUCCUUCUCCGGGUGGCUUUUUCGCGGCACUGACCCCUCGCGCCCGCCAUACCUGGUCUUUUCCCAAGCCCGACAACCCUUCGUCGGCCGCUGCGGAGGACUUUUACAAUCUACCUUUUGGUCGUGAUGAUGAUGGUGGGAUUGUCGAGCAGGUUAUCGAAUAUAAUGAGCAGUCAACCGAAGAAGGCGAGUUGACAGCCGUACCGGCUCGAGAUGGACCUCCUACUGCCGUCCGGGUUCCCGCGGAGGUCACAUCGCCCGAGGAUCAACACAGUCCGUUGAGUCCAACAGCCGAUACCGUUGACGAGAUUCCCCGUGCUGCUGGAUUGAACGCCAGUGGUGAAUAUGACGAGCAUUACCACGAGGAAUUGCAACGAAAGGCGGAAGCAAGUCGCGAUCGAACGAGUGUCUGGCUGGCGGCACAAGCGUCCUAUCUUGCUGCCCUUAGUGAGACGAAUCCAGUCAAUUCACCGGUUGACGAUCGUCCGGCUCACGGCGUCGAUGAUGGGGCUACUGGACGAGGGUCUUCCGAAAAAAGUCGCCAGAAGUCUGUUCAUUUUGCCGAGACACUUCCUGAAGCGACUAGUUCUCUUCCUUCGGCCACUGCGAGCAAAGAUUCAAUUUACUGGCGAGGGUUUCAGUAUUUGCGUCAAGUCUCUGGCCAACUGGAGGCAUACAAGCAUCGUGACCUCCGCUUCGACGCAGUGCAGUCCGACCGAUUAGGCUUGACGAAGCUUCACGCAAACCGUUUGUCGGGGAACUACGAACUGACUCGCCACGAACGACCUGCCUACAAGGGUCCUUUUUCCCAGGCUCCGCGCCAUUCAACGCUCCUGUCUAUCCUGACUGAGAAGGCUGACUUCUCCCUGCUCGAGAAAGAGCAGCUGGUGCUUGCUCAGAUCCGGCAGUCGCUCUGGGCCAUUGAUGCUCUCCGGUUUCUCAAUGGCGGUAGCUUGCUCACUAGUCCUGCCUCUCGACGGCUCGCCAAAGCAACUGCUACGACGAAAACUUCGAAGAACGGCAAGCAUCAUCUGCGAAUCCUGGACAUAGGUGGCCAUGCUACGUGCGAAUGGGGGUGGUAUCUGGCGCGUGAUAACCCAGAUGUCUCGGUCUACACGGUCUUUACAGAACAGCAAAAGGUGAACCGCGGGAUUAAAGGUCCUUCCAACCAUCGCCAGGUCUCAGUGUCGCAUCUCUGGAGGUUGCCAUUUGCCGACAACAAGUUUGACGUGAUCUCGGCACGCUCUCUUCCCGCACUCCUCAAGACUGAAUGCCCGACCGGCGAGGACAAGGAUGAAUACGACUUGUGUCUUCAGGAAUGCUAUCGCUGUCUCAAACCAGGUGGCUACCUUGAGUUCUUCACUAUGGAUGCGGAGCUAUCCCACGCUGCUUCUUAUGCGUCUGCAACGUCGGUCGAAUUCGCAUUCAAUCUCAGAACUCGCGGCUACGAUCCAAACCCGACCAAGAACUUCCUUUCCCGUCUUCGCAAGACAAACCUAACGGGCAUCAGACGAGCCUGGAUGUUUCUACCCAUGGGCGUCGAGCCAGGCAAAUGUCAAGCACCGCGCGAGACCUCCGGACUGUGCAUCGAGGGCAGCCAACUCGACAACUCCGAUCCGGCUGGAAGCACCGCCAACGUUGCCAGCCUCACGGGUCUGUUCGGCGGCUGGAUGUGGGAGCAGUGGCUUCUGAAGUUGCAGAUGGAAAUGGGUCGCGAUGGGGACCGGUUGUUGGAAGGUGCUGGGGGUGUUUUUGAUGAGGGUCGUAAGAAUGGAGCAGGCUGGACCUGCUUGUCUGGGUGGGCGAUGAAGCCGAGACGGAGAUAG